AUGUUCAUUCUCUUUCCCUUCCCUCGUCUUCCCCUUCGAUCGCUUUCGUCUUCACCCUCGUCCUCGCACCCGCCUGCGCCUUCUGCUGCACCCAUGCCCAAGCACCUGCCUUCAGCACCUGCCUUCAGCCCCUGUCUUCAGCACCUGCCUUCAGCCCCUACCGAAGCACCUGCCUUCAGCCCCUGCCUAAGCACCUGCCCUCAGCCCCUGCCGAAGCACCUGCCUUCAGCCCCUGCUGAAGCAUCUGCCUUCAGCCCCUGCCGAAGCACCUCCCCUCAGCCCCUGCCGAAGCACCUGCUUCAGCCCCUGCCCUCAGCCGAAGCACCUGCCUUCAGCCCUGCCUUUAGCCUGCCGAAGCAUCUGCUUUCAGCCCCUGCUGAAGCAUCUGCCUUCAGCCCUGCCGAAGCACCUGCCUUCAGCCCCUGCCGAAGCACCUGCCUUCAGCCCCUGCUGAAGCAUCUGCCUUCAGCCCCUGCCUAA